AUGGGACAAAGAAUUUGUUUCUUCGUUCUCUUCUCUCUAUCCUUGUUUUCCCGGAUAGCAGCACAAGACCGUGCACCCCACGGGCUAGCUUACCAGAGCCCAAUAGCCUUAUCUCCUACGGCAUAUGAAUUUUUUCACCCUAAUGAUCAUCAAGACUCUUGUACUAAAUCAAACUGUGCACCAAUUCCAUUAGCAGCUCAAGUGCAUGAAAUGCAGUCUGAAGCAGCAACAACAGAAACUUCCCCAUUGACACGUACUACUGCUUUUGGAGCGGGAACGAUUGCUGGCCCUGCUAUUGCAGCCAUAAUCGUUCUCUGCUUGGCGAUGGGCAUCUACUAUGUGGCAAAGACUCGUCAAGAAAAUGUCAAUCGUACUAAACCUAUCCAACCAAAUGUUUAA